GUACGUGUGUGUGCGUGUGUGUGUGUUUGUGUGUGUGUGCGCGUGUGCGUGUGUUUGUGCGGUCCGGGUGUGCAUGCAUGCAUGUAUUUGUAUAUAAAUGCAGCAUAAAGUGGCUCCAUGACAGUGCAGAAAUACUUUCCCUAUUGCAGUGCCAGCCUUAAAAAGACAUGCAUGUAAACACUGAGGAGACGGAGAGGACAGGAUAAGAAGAGGUGGGGAAAAAGAAGGCACAGACAGAAAGAGAACACAGGACAGAGACACAGACCAAAAGGAGAGAGAGAGAGAAAGAGAGAGAGAGCACUUAGGACAGAGACACAAGCGAAAGGAGAGAGACAGACAGAGAGAGAGGGAGAGGGGGAUAGAUAGAGAGUGACAAAGAGACAGAGAAGGUAAUGCAGACCAGGGAGAGAGGGCAACUCCUGCUCCCUGAUGGAUAAAUCUGAGUGCGGGGUAUCCAGAGAUGUCUGGCAUGGCUCUGCCUAGAACACUGCACUAGUGGUGGAGGGGGAUGAUGAACAUGAUGGCACUGCUGACGUUUCUCCGUCCGAACGCUGGAGGUUCCCCACAGAUGCUUGGUUGAUGUGCUGACGCGUACAAGUCCUGUCCUUUUGAGGAGAAGGAAGACACCGAGCUUCUUUAUAUGGUAAUCCUGGACCCAAGACUGUCAAGGAGUUUUUGCGGUCAUCCUUGGCCUGCUCAAAGCUAACCCGGUGGAGCAGCCUCACUUCCGCCUUCUCUGCCCAGUCCAACACACUGAGUGUGAUGGAUGUGCUGAACCUGUGGAACGACGACCCGGAGGAGGUUCUGCUGGACCUGGGCUUCGGGGCGGAGGUGCCGGACAUCACAGGCCGCAUCCCCUCGCGCUUCAUCAACCACCAGUCCAAGGCCCGCGGCAUCAACCUGGACGUCUUCCUGGAGGCCCAGAAGAACCGCAUGGACCUCGAGAACCCGGACGUCAGAAGUCGAUUCAGGCAGCUGGAGGUUCUCCAGCAGGUCACCACAGCCUUCAACUCCCUGGUGGGAGGAGGAGGAGGAGGAGGAGGAGGCGUGGGGGGAAGUGUCUCCGGCUCCCACGCCGCCCCGGCCAACAUGUCCCCAGAAGCCCGGGAGAAGCGCAAGCGCAUGGGCAUGCUGCUGCGCCGGGCCUCCAAGAAGACCCUGUCCCAGGCCAGGACCUCCCAGGACGUCCUGUCUCCUCCAGCAGCACCAGCACCAGCACCACAGGCCAGCCCUGGAGGAGCCCAGUCAGCCACCACGGCCAACCCUGAGGUGCCCGGCUCACCGGUCCACAUGCCCGUGUCCGUACCCGUGUUCUCAUCAGACAAGCGCGGUGGCCUGAAGCGCUCCCGGUCAAGCCUGGUGGAGAACGGCUGCCUGACGACGCUGGUGGAGGAGCAGGGGAGUCUGGGGGAGAGCUCGGAGGUGGAGGUGCAGGCUGAGGAGGUGGAGGUGCAGGCUGAGGCGGUGGGGGUGGGGGUGGUGUCCACACCAGGCCCCCAGGAGAGCCCCGUGAGGCUUAGGGGUCACCGGGAGCUGAGAGGCCUGGGAGCGCAGCCUGCGGUCAGGAAGAGAAGCCCUGGGGAACCCAUGGAGUCUUUCGAGCUGGAGGAGAUCCAGAGCUUUGAUGAGGGCAGCCUGGCAGGAAGUGUCAGUGGGGCGGCAGAUGGCAUAGGUGAGAGCGAGCAGGGGUUCCUGUCCCAGACUGGGUCCUACCUGGCCAGAACUAACAGCUGCCAGUCCGACAGCAGUGGGUUCCUGGAGGAACCCUUCAUCCCAGCCUACUCCCAGGGACCCUGCCCUGGCCCAGAACUCAUGAAGGCACUGAACGCCCUCUCCGACAGCACAGACAGCCAGGGAACGGUGAGAGGAAGUGAGGACCGCUCCCCAACCUCCCCAACCUUCCCUACCUCCUCCACAUCCACCUCCAUCUUCACCUCCCCGUCUCCCGCAUGUGACCCAGAGCAAGGGGAUCCUUCGACAUCCGACCCACCCGAGCCGCCCCCCACAACCCCCCCUGCUGACGGGAGUCCACAGCUGGUCUCUGACCCCUCCACUGGUCCCUCUCUGGAUGCCGCUGCCGAGGCCGGGGAGGAGGACGCGGGGACCAUGGGAGCCUCCCAGUGCUGCGAGAGCGAAGGGGAAGGUGUCCCCUGUGCAGAUGCUCAACCUGGAUGUUGCUGUUCAGAGAGCGGAGAUGGUACUGGCACUGAUGGAGACACGGUAGGCAGUGACAACGCAGCCGGCCAACAGAGCAGAGAUGGUACUGCUGGCACUGAGGAUGUCACAGCAUGCAGUGACAACCCAGCCGGCCAGGCGGGAGGAGGAGGAGGAGGAGGAGGGCAAGCGUUAUCUAAUGUGGGUAGCGGACAAGAGCAGCACUCCAUGGACUCUGCAAUCAAUAAGCAAAUGCUAGCUGAGGCAGCUGACAGUAGGGCAAUAGUCAGUGAACAAACGGCGGCUUGUGAAGUAAGAGAUAGUGUAUUUGUAUGUGAAAAUGCUGAAGGAACAAUUAGUGAUGAAGCAGUAAAUGCUUUUAUGAGUGUAAAUGUAACUUGUGUUGAAACAGUUGAGGAAGUAGUGGUGGUAAGUGCAAUAAGCGAAGAGAGGGUGAGAGACAGUGCUGUCAAUGGUGAGGUGGCUAGUGAGCAUGUUGUGACUCUUACAGAGCAUGUGCAGUGUGAAGGUGUGGUUAGCAAGGAAACGGUAGGUGAGAAUGCUGCAAGUGAACGUGUUGCUGACAGUUUAACCGAUGGAGCUAGCAAGCAAGUAGUGAGUGAAUGUGAGAAUGUUAUCAAUCAAGCUAGUAGCAGAGACACACGGACACACGGGUUUUAUGAACACUCUUCUGAACACAUUGAAAACACAGAGCACACAGUAGGGGUUGGAGAUGACACCACAAACUCUUCUCAGCUCACUAUAGCCGUGGAGAAGAUAGUUAUUUUACAUGACCAUCAGCAGGCUUCUGCUGAGAAACUGUUCAGUUCACAACCCGCUUACUCAGAACUGGAGACACAAUCACACACCAAUGACACCCCAAACGUUGGCGGCGCUCACAGCUCCACCACAGAAACAUCUCCACCACUAUCAGACUCUGGUGAACUUCACGGUGACUCACUCGUAGCACAAAGCAGUCCUGUAGUUCCUGUGGAACCUUCUAGGCCUGCUGAGAGGCCGUCUCCACACCUUGGCCGUUCAGUGUCCGUGUCGGUGCAGAUGCGUUCAACCCUCGCUCCCAUCUCCCGCACGUCCACCUGGAGAGGAGGUCCCUCCACCGAGACCGCGACCCACCCCAGUGAUGUCACACAGAGACGGGCCUCGUUCUCCAGGAGGGCCUGGUCUGAGGCGGAGGUCAUCCACCACACACCGCCCCAUAAUAAGGUCUCCACACCCCAGACUCUAGCCAUUGAGAUCCCAGAGCUGGCGCCUUCUUCCCCGGCUUACUCGUGGCACUCCCAGGAGAGUGGGCAUGGAGGACUGGAGAGGUUCCGGAAGCGCUCAGUGUCCCUAGAUACGGGGUUGUCGUGGGAGGACGGCGACGGUCGUCUGGAUGGCGUGAUGAUGGCAGGCACGCGAGCCUGUCUGUGCUCCUGCCAGUGCUGUGCCCAACACGGUGCCCACAUGCGUCUGGCAGAGUCGCCCUCCACUUUCCCAUACUCUCUUGACCAACUGGAGGACAUGAUGCGUGGGGUGAAGAGGUUCCGCGGCAUCCUGACGGAGAUCGAGGAGUCCCUGGAUCACGAGCAAGCCCUGGUGUACGAGGACCUCACCACAUCUGACAGGGAGGAAGUGAGGGACGUGCUGGAGCUCAGGACAGCUGUCAAACAGGAAGCACGGGAACUAGAACUGCAAUUGGCCGAUCUGGUCCAUCACUAUGACGACAGCUUCAAAAUGAAGAUCAACAGGCUUCUGGAUGAGCAAUCCCACCUCUGCUCUCAGCUGAAGAUAAACCCCUCAGAUUGGCUGGGCUCUCCUCCUCCUCCUCCUCCUCCUGCCUCCCCCAGUAGAAGUGUGGGCGUCCAGUGCAGCCUGAUGCCCUCGACAGACACCGCCACGCACACACACCUCCCUCAUCCUGCAGAGACAAGCUCCAACACUAAGCAAGGCAAGCUGGACUUCGUAGGGUUCAUCCAAAAUGUGAGAGUCUGCCCUCAAAAUAAAGCUGAAGAGUUCUGUUCAUCAGACCAUCAUUAAUUACUCACUGGAGUGAAGAGCACUGAACUUACUGAUGAGCGGCAAAGACAACUUGAAGAAUUCUACUCUUGAACUAAUUUAUUUAUUUCCGACGAUGGUCUUCAUCCUCCCACUGUUGUGUUACCCCUCGCCAGGACACGAGCACAGCGAGAGGGAGAGGGAGAGGGAGAGGGAGAGAAAGUGUUCAGCCUGAGUCUAAUAAAACUAACCUAAAAAGCAG